CACUAGCUACUGUAUAGUAGGUCUUCUUGGAACGGAUCAUAUCCAUCCAUCCAUCCAUCAGCAAUGGCCGCCGGAGAACAGCGCCUUCUUUCCACCGAGAUAGUGAACCGGGGCGUCGAGUCCUCCGGCCCGGACGCCGGUUCCCUGACGUUCUCCGUCAGGGUGCGGCGGCGCCUCCCGGAUUUCCUGGCGUCGGUGAACCUCAAGUACGUGAAACUAGGGUACCAUUAUCUGAUAAGCCACGCCGUGUACGUGGCCGCCGUGCCGGUUCUGGUAGUGGCAGCGCUGAGCGCGGAGGUGGGGAGCCUCGGGCGCGAAGAGGCGUGGAGGAAGAUCUGGGAUAGCGCCGCCGCCACGUAUGAUUUGGCUACGGUGCUGUCUUUUCUUGGCGUUGUGGUGUUCACUGUUUGUGCCUACUUCAUGUCCAAGCCAAAACCUAUUUAUCUUCUUGAUUUUGCAUGUUUCAAACCAAGCGAUGAUUUUAAGGUGACAAAGGAGCAAUUCAUCAACAUGGCCCGGAGUUCUGGAAAAUUCGACGAAUCUAGCUUGGAAUUCAAGAAAAGGGUGCUGGAAUCUUCCGGCAUCGGGGACGAAACCUACGUCCCCAAGUCAAUCGGGUGGCCGGAGAAAACCGCCACCAUGAAAGAAGGCCGGGCGGAGGCGUCGAGGGUGAUGUUCGGCGCUCUAGACGAGCUGUUCGAGAAGACGAAAAUCCGGGCGAAAGACGUGGGAGUCCUGGUGGUGAACUGCAGCGUUUUCAACCCCACGCCGUCGCUCUCCGCCAUGAUCAUCAAUCACUACAAGCUGAGGGGAAACAUCCUGAGCUUCAACCUCGGCGGAAUGGGGUGCAGUGCGGGGAUCAUAGCGCUCGACUUGGCUCGCGACAUGCUUCAAGCCAACCCCAACACCUAUGCUUUGGUGGUUAGCACUGAAAUGGUGAGCUUUAAUUGGUACUCCGGCAAGGACCGCUCCAUGCUCAUCCCCAACUGCUUCUUCCGCAUGGGCUGCUCCGCCCUGCUUCUCUCCAACCGCCGCCGCGACUACGGCCGCGCCAAGUACCGCCUCGAGCACAUUGUUCGGACUCACAAAGCCGCCGACGACCGCUCCUUCAGGGCUAUUUAUCAAAAAGAGGAUGAUGAAGGCAAGAAGGGGUUGAAGAUUAGCAAAGAAUUAGUCCGAAUAGGGGGAGAGGCACUGAAGACCAACAUAACCACACUGGGCCCACUAGUUCUGCCGGUGUCGGAGCAGCUCAUCUUCUUCGCAACGCUGGUAUGGGGCCACCUGUUUGGCUCCUCCUCGCAGCGGCCGUACAUACCGGACUACAAGCUGGCCUUCGACCACUUUUGCAUCUACGCGCCCAGCAAGGUGGUUUUGGACGAGUUGCAGGCCAACAUGGGCCUGAGGGACGGCGACAUGGAGCCCAGCCGCGCCACGCUACACCGCUUCGGCAACACUUCCAGCAGCAGCAUAUGGUACGAGCUGGCGUACUUGGAGGCCAAGGGGAAGGUGGCCGGCGGCGACCGCCUCUGGCAGAUCGUGUUCGGGUCCGGUUUCAAAUGCAACAGCGCCGUGUGGCGGGCCGUACGCCGCAUCAGGAUGCCCACCGCCAACCCCUGGCUCGACUGCAUCCACACCUAUCCUCGGGCCAUCUAGCUAGGGUACGGUGCAACGUAACAUAACAUAUAUGCAAUGCAUGAUUUAUUAUUAUUAUUGAGUUAAUAUGUGGUCCUCUUAAUAUAGUGGUUUUGCCAUUUCUAAUCCUAAACUUUUAAAUUGAUCACCCCCGUCUUUUGAUUUUCAAAUUAUUAUUGGUCCUACAAGACAGGCAGGGGUUCGACUAACUUCGAAGGCCACCAAAAACAAUUUUAAGAAUGUUUUUAUUUGUCAUUAUAUUAUAUUGAUUGCAUUCGAUCGGCAUAAAAUUUGUAUGUCAUUGUAAUAUUAUAAUAAUCGUAUCAAUUUUU